AUGUAUAAAUUUACUGUGGCAAAUGUGAUAUUCUUGGAAUCACCAACAGGAGUAGGAUUCUCAUAUGGGAAAUAUGAGAUUUAUAAUCAAAUAGGGGAUACAAGCAUAGCUAAAGAUGCCUAUACAUUUCUUGUCAAUUGGUUAGAAAGAUUUCCUCAAUAUAAAAACCAAAAUUUCUUCUUAACCGGAAAAAGUUAUGUUGGUCACUAUGUGCCUCAACUUGCUUAUACCAUCUUGCACAAUAGCAAGCAUGCAAACAACUACAUUAACCUCAAAGGCAUCGCGUAUAAAUACCCUAAAAAAGAGUAUGAAGAGUUAGAGUUAAUAUAUGUAUGGGAAAGGACAAAGGUUGCAACUUUUCGAAGGUCACCGUUAAAACAGCCACCUCCAUCAAAGGAAGAGAUCAUCAACUACCAUAAGACUUUGCAUAUUUAUCAAAAUGUCGUGAAGAAUACCAUUUAUUUUAAGAAUAGUUACUACACACGCAUCCAAAGAAGCAUAGGAGAUUUUGAGAAAUCUAAGUAUAGAGUAGGCAGUCAAAUGAAGAUGUAUAUAGAUGAGAUUAAAGAAACUGUCAAUAACAUCUUGCGUGUUGUAGCAGAAGCAUAUAAUAAUGCAAUUAGUGUGAUAAAAAGGACAAAGAGCUUAUUAUAUGUAACAAUAUUAGAGGUGGUAGGCAUGAUGAAGGCUCAGGAUGAUAGAAUAGACUCUAUAUGGGUGGCAUAUAGGGGCGGUGAGAUGCAAAGUAAGGGAGCUUCAAACAUUAGACAAAAGUUGGAGCAGCUUCGCUCAACCAGAUCCAUCUCGCUCGACUCGACCGAGCAGAUGCUUUGUACUCCAAGUAUGGAUCCCACUAAUUCACCCAAGCUACUAGAAGAAGAAUUACAGCUCACUCAACCCGAUUGA